AUGAUAUCACAACUUGCGAGGAGGAGAUUGCUGGCCGUGGCCUCUCGACGGGUCGGCAGCAGAUGCAGCGCCAAUUCGCGCGCGGUGGCGCAGAGACGGGGAGUGACGACGACGCCUGCGCCAAAGCCCGGUGAUGGACCGCUGAUGUCGAGACGAGCGGAUCGAGAAUUGCCUGACGUCGGCGAAGUCUCCAACGGCUGGCGCCGCACCUUUCCCAUCUUCGUCCUCCUCGUGGCCGUCAGCUCCGUCGCAAUCUUCAACUACCAAAAGACGUCGUCGCCCAUCAUCGCGUCGACGCUCUACGCGCUGCGCACGUCCCCCAAGGGCAACGCCCUGCUCGGCGACGAGAUCUACUUCAAGCACCAGAUCCCCUGGAUCAGCGGCCAGAUGAACCAGGUCAAGGGCCGCAUCGACGUCAGCUUCAGCGUAAAGGGCUCAAGGGCCUCGGGCGUGAUGCGCUUCGCGAGCCAUCGGCCCUCGAGCAAGUCGCUGUUCAAGACGACGGUGUGGAGCCUGACGCUGGAGGAUGGCACGGUGGUGAAUUUGCUGGACGGGGAGGAUCCGUUCAGGGGAUUGCUGGGAGGCGAGAGCGAGGGUGACUCGGGGCUGUUGUCGGAGGAGGAUGUGGCGGAGCUGCAGACGAAGGGGUUCAGGCAGCAGGGUGCGUUUAACCGGUGA